AUGACGAUCACUCCCCCGGGUUCGACUAUUCCCAACCGCCUUUCAAAUGGCUUCGUUCGACAGGCGAUGGGCAGGACGGGCCAUACUUUCAUCCCAUCCAGCCACAAGUUCCUCCACUUCGUCGGCCGAUGGACCACCGCCGCAAACCAAUUGAGACGGGAUGCCGCCCUUCCUGGUUCUUACCUCGAAUUUGUUAUUACAAACACCACUUCACUUUAUUGCGAGCUGAGCAAUAUCAGCGUUGACGACCAAGAGAUCAAUCAAGGUAAAGAGGAGAGAAUACUCGUCGAUCGACAUACCGAUCAUGCCAUCCUCCAGCCAGCAAGUCCCAAUCAACCCCCCUCCCGCCAAGUAAGCUUGCUGGUCCAGGUAAAUGACAAUCACGACUAUAUCGGUUAUGAUAAUGCCUUCGGCAUGAUCGAAAUUGCCGAUGAUUUGGACCCUUCAAAGGCCUACAAGGUGAAAAUCACCCAUCUUGGUAGCCCUGGUACCGAUAGUGGUACAGUGGAGUUCAAGGGUAUCUGGGUCGACAAGCCUCUGCAGCCUGGAACGUUUGAGAAAUCUUCCAGUCAACACCCCAGAACGGUUCUGCGUAAUCCGUUCUUUUAUUGUCCCAAUGGCCAUUUUGUCCAAGCCAAACUUUCUUGCUGGAAAACUCAAGAAAAGAAAACCAUCGAAAUUGUCGGCUCUGAAACCGCACUCACAGCUUUUGCAGCUAACGAAGAUGACGGAGUGAUGGCUGGCCGAUUAAUUGCCUGGACUGAGUUCGUUCGAAAGCGACUGUCUGUGGACACGGUUCUCAUUCCCACAUCAAAGCUGGGUCUCCUGCCACGUGAGAGCUCUCCGGAGACUAUCGGCAGCCUCUUCUUUCGUUCAGGCUCACCAUCGACGGCACAUUUCUCGCGCCCGUGGUCGUUCAGCUCUUAUCGCCCGUCCGUUUUGGUGUUGCAGCUCGGAUUGGUCGAUUUCAUGUUGUUUUUCGCUGACAAGAAGAAUCACGGUGACCGCGCCAUCAACAAGUUCAAGGCCGAAAUGAAAGCUGCUAUCAUCGACUUGGUUCACAACAUCAGGAAAACGGCUUACCCUCAUGAUUCGGCCACCAAUCAAUUUGAAUCUGGUGCUACAGGUGACGGAGGAUACAGAUACAACUCGGCUCCAUCUACACUUCCAAUCUUCUUGAUCACUCCGUUCACUGCGUCACGCCGUUUUGUCACCAAGAGGCAGAAGCUCGACUCAAUCAUAUCAGAUGUGUUGGCACAAGCUGCGAGCACCUUACAAUCUGAGGGAGACAAAUCGAGUUUCUGGAUUGAUACCUCUGGUUGGCUAGAGUCCCGGGUCGACUUCCUCGUUUUACCCAACUCCACCUCGAAACGCUCACGUCUAGACACCGCGAUGCUCACCCCCUUUGCCAACUUCAAGGUUGCAUCACUUCUUGAAGAUCAUUUGUGCCCACAUCUCAAUCUACCGACUGCUAAUCCCUCAGAAACAAGCAAUAAUUGUGAUUUCAUCCGCUAUGACAAUUACCUUGGCGAUGUCUACAUUCCUGGAAAUGUAGAAUUCAAUCGAGCUCUGACGGAGAGAAAGAUAGCUACGCUCAAGGAGAGAUUCGGCAUCAUGGCAAUGUGA